AGCGGCACGAGCUCGGGGUUCGGAGUUCUAAUCCACGCGGACAGAGCGGAGAUCAGACACGAGAUCGGAUUCUACACGAGACCCUCCGGGCUGAAUGGAUCCGCUGCUUAUCGAGUUUAACGGCUAGUUACUGUUAGCUGAAGUCGAGCCGCCGUUGCCUUGACACCCGGCAGCGACAACAACAACAACAACAACAACUGAACAUUAAAAAUCAUUAAAUACCGCAGUAACAUGAGGACUUUAAUACUGAGCAUCUUCGGGUCAUGACGUCACUCCGCAGAGGUCAGCGCCGUGCCUGAGUCAUGAACUCCGUGACCCCCAGCGCCGCCCAGUACGCGAGGGGUGGAGCUCUCCACAGCGACCUCGUGGACGGGAGGAGACCGUCGCCCUCUCCAUCCCCGCAGGUCCUGGAGGCGAGGGGGCAAUUUGGGAAUGGGGUCGUCGUUGCCGACGGGGCGGGCGAGCCGGAUGAGGUGGACAAGCUGAAGCUGAAGCUGAUGUCGGCGUGGAACAACGUCAAAUACGGAUGGUCGGUCAAAAGCAAAACGGUCUUCAACAAAACGUCCCCACUGAUCCUGAUGGGACAGUCCUACAUCCUCAACACUGAAGAGGAAGUGGAGCGCUUCCGGCUGGCGUUCAGCUCGCGAGUCUGGCUCACCUACAGGAAGGAGUUCCCUCAGCUGGUGGGGUCGAACCUGACGUCGGACUGCGGCUGGGGCUGCAUGCUGCGCAGCGGACAGAUGCUCCUCGCUCAGGGGCUCGUGCUGCACCUUCUGCCUCGAAACUGGAGAUGGCACGACUGUCCUCAGCUGACUGAUGUGGAUUUCGAGGUGCUGAGAUCGCGCUCGCCGUCUCGUCCAGCCGGUAUCUCUAUCCCCUCCUUCAGCUCCACGUGGAGCACAUCGGGACCGGAGAAGCGCCCGCCGUCCACGUGCGAGGUCCAGAAACGCGCCGAGGCGAGAGGAGACGCGCGGACCGAAGGCCUCCAUCGCAGGCUGGUGUCGUGGUUCGGGGACGAGCCGAGUGCACCGUUCGGGGUUCACCAGCUGGUCGAGCUGGGCAAGGAGUCGGGGAAGAAGGCGGGGGACUGGUACGGGCCCUCGCUCGUUGCCCACAUACUCCGAAAAGCUGUGGCCAGAAGCACGGUGAUGGACGAUCUGGUCAUCUACGUGGCUCAGGACUGCACAGUGUAUAAAGGGGACGUGAUGCGACUGUGUGAGCUGAGCUCGACAGAUUCCGGUACCGCCAGCUGGAAAUCCGUCGUCAUCCUGGUACCGGUGCGGCUGGGCGGAGAGUCGCUCAACCCGUCCUACACCGACUGUGUCAAGAAUCUCCUGAAUCUGGACUGCUGCAUCGGGAUCAUCGGAGGAAAACCCAAACACUCGCUCUUCUUCGUCGGCUAUCACGAUGAGCAGCUGUUGUAUUUAGACCCACACUACUGUCAGCAAGUGGUUGACGUCACACAAGGAAACUUCGCCCUGGAGUCUUUUCACUGUAACUCUCCCCGGAAGAUGAACUUUAAUCGCAUGGACCCCAGCUGCACUCUGGGCUUCUACGCUCACAGUAAAAAAGAUUUCGAGUCUCUCUGCUCAGCCGUUAGCGAGGCUUUGUCCGUGUCUAAAGAGCGCUACCCGAUCUUCACGUUUGUGGAGGGCAGGGGUCAAGACUACAGCCUGGAGGAGUACAGCGGAGGCAGCGGCGACCACAUCCUACCCCCUGACACCAUGAACAGAAACAGCACUGAGGGCUUUGUGUUCCUGUGAGGACGUGCUGGAUGUGGCCUACAGACUGAAACCUGCAGCAGCACGGCCGAGAGUCAUGACAUCAUGCACUGCAGUCUCACCUGUGUGUGGGCGUGAUUAGGAAAAUUAUAUAAUGUAUGGAGGAUUUUAUUUUUUUAAUCUCUCUCUCUCUCACUCUCUGCCAACUUCCUCUUUCUAUCUUUCUUACUUCCUUUUCUCACACUCACACCCUCCAAACCCCCCUCCCCCCUCCCCAACCCACCUUGAGGUGUCGAUGCGUAAUCAGUAACCGCUCUACACUUUUCCUUCACAUAGCGCAUUUUAGUUCAGUCAAGCAAGUCUAACAAGCCCAGUCCUGUCAUUGCGUUACCAUGGCGACAUCUUCUGGCCAAGUUAUAAAACAUAAUCAGGUGAUUAAAAAUAAUUGAAAACACUAGAACUUUUCUAGAAAGUUUCUGCUCUGGAUGUGUUGGCAUGUUAUAAGGACUGAAGCAGAAAUGUUGAGUAAGGAGCCUCCACUUACUUACUUACUGGGGUCACUGUCUACUUAACUCCCCUACUUACUGGGUUUACUGGGAACUUUACCCCCGCCACUUACUAGUUCAGUGGAAACUUACCUCGCUAUUUACUGGUUUCACUGCAUUCUUACCACCCAUUUACUUGGUUUACUGCAGACUUACCCCCCCCCCACUCACACACACAUACACACACAUACACACACACACGCACACACACACACACACUUCCUGGGUUCACUGCAUACUUACCCCAAACCACCUACUGGAUUCACUGGGAACUGAAACUCCCUAUUUACUGGGUUCUCAGCAUAUAUACCCCGCAUAUUUACUAGGAUUACUGGAUUCUUACCUCUCCUAGGUUCGAUGAGUAAUUACCCCCCUUACUUACAGGGCUCACUUGUGCUUUUUAUUGACUGGGCUCACUGGGUACUUACCCCUCUACUUACUGGAAUCACUGGGCAUUUCGUACCUACCCACCUGCUAACUGGGUACACUGGGUCCUUACCCCAUACUUACUGGGUUUACUUGGGAUUUACCCCCCACUAGUGAACCCAGUAAGUAGGGGGUAAAUGCUUCCCAUUCUGAGCGUUUGUCCUUUUAAAAGAAAA